AUGGAUUCCACUACAACCAACAAAACAUCGACCAAUAACAAUAACAACAAUGAUUUGAACUAUACAAGUUCAUUUAUAUAUCCAUUAGAAGAUUCACUUGCGAGAUUUGAAUAUAAACUAGUCCAUCCAAAUGGGAAAUUAUCAGAUAACAAAGAUAAUUGGCUACAUCAAGAAUAUCAAAAACUUUCCCUUUCUACAAAUCCCGACCCUUCAAUAACCAACCCCACCACCACCACUACUACUACUACCAAUACAAACAGUACGAGUUUCCCACAUCGGGAAAAUCACCGUAAAAGAAAUGCUGGUGAUGUUGAUGAAGUUUAUGAUCAAAAAAGUUUAGUAUAUUCGUCAUAUGAUGAAUCUUCAGAUACCGAUAAUCAAAGUCUGAUGUCAGUAGUUCAAUCACAACCUUCCGGUUUAUUUGCCCAUCGUUCAAAUGGAUUGGUUCAUCCUCCUCUGAAGAAGAGAUUAACUUCAACUGGUGAAACCUCAACGUCAAAUACAAACCCCGUUUCUUUCCAAGUUGAAUCACCAGGAAGUUUCAUCGUUGCACCAAAUUCUUCAACUGCUACUACCUCCACCACAUCCAGUUCUUUGGUGUCGAAUCAUGGAUUUAUUGAUCAACAUUCACGUCACCCAAGAACUCCAAAUGCCAUGAAUUCACCUAGUCAGACCCCGAUUUCAGAUAUUGAAGAAGAUCCAAUUCAACAAUUACCAUUACCUUCACCAAGUGCAUCUCCAAUACAACUGGAUACAGAAAAUGAACCAAUGUUGGAUGGUAAAACUAAUAUAGAUACUAUUGACACAGUGUUGAAGCAUGAACCAAAAACUCAACUUGAAUUGAUCAAUUUAAUUACAAGUUUAAGUGGAUUUUUGGAUGAAAGAAAUCAAAAUAAUUUAAUUUUUAAAUUAUUACAGAAGACUAAUAGAUCUACUUUAAGUACAUUUCAUGGUUUGAUCAAUAAUUCCUUGAAAAGAGAUUUGAUUAGUAAUGUACCUUUGGAAGUUACCAUUAAGAUUUUAUCAUAUGUGGAUUAUAAUACUUUGUUAUCAUUAGCUCAAGUUUGUAAAAAAUGGUUUGAAAUCAUUAAUAAUCCAGAUAUUUGGAUCAAGUUGUUAAAAUCAGAUAAAUUAAUUACUGAUGAUAAUGUAAUCAAAUAUGAAUUGAAUGAUACUACUCAAUUAAUGCGUGAAUGGUGUACAUUACCAGGAAUUAAUCCAGCUCAAAUUUUAUACAAGAAGAGGAAAAUGAUUGUUGAUCGAUGGAUGAAUCCAAAUUAUAAGCCUGAGAGAAUAAGCGUUGCUGGUCAUGCCAAUAAAGUUGUUACUUGUUUACAACAUGAUGAUGAAAAAAUUGUCACGGGAGUGGAUGAUAAAUGUAUUUUAAUUUAUAGUACUCAAACGGGAGAAUUGAUGAAAGUAUUGGAAGGUCAUGAAGGUGGUGUAUGGGCUUUGAAAUACACCGGAAAUACUUUGGUUACAGGUUCAACGGAUCGUACCGUUAGAGUAUGGAAUAUGAAAACAGGGAAAUGUACCCAUAUUUUCAGAGGUCAUACAUCUACUAUUAGAUGUUUAGAUAUUAUUCAUCCUACCGUAAUUGGCAAAAAUGAAAAUGGAGAAGAUAUUGUAUUUCCAGAGUAUCCAUUAUUAGUCACGGGAUCAAGAGAUCAUAAUAUUCAUGUUUGGCAAUUACCAAUUGUUGAUGAAAAUCAAGAAUCUACUACUACAACUCAAGAACCAUUUGAUGGUGAAUAUGAUAAUCCAUAUUUAAUUGCUGUUUUAUCAGGACAUACGCAAUCUGUUCGUUCAAUUUCUGGUUAUGGUAAUAUUAUUAUUUCCGGAUCAUACGAUUCAACAGUACGAGUAUGGGAUUUAUUGGAUAAUGGACGUUGUAAACAUGUAUUACAAGGACAUCAAGAUCGAGUUUAUUCCACAGCUAUGGAUUUUAAAAGUAAAACUUGUUUUUCAGGAUCAAUGGAUUCUAAUAUUAAUAUUUGGAAUUUUGAAACUGGGGAAUUGUUGCAAGUUUUAGUUGGACAUUCUUCUUUAGUUGGGUUAUUAGAUUUAGUUGAUGGAGUAUUAGUUAGUGCUGCAGCUGAUGCUACAUUAAGAAUAUGGAAUCCUAAAAAUGGGGAAUUGUUGAGUAAAUUAAAAGGACAUGGAGCAGCAAUUACUUGUUUUGAACAUGAUGGAUUAAGAGUAGUUAGUGGAAGUGAAAAAAUGUUGAAAUUAUGGGAUGUUAAAAAAGGAACAUUUGCUAGAGAUUUAUUAACUGAUGUUACUGGAGGUAUAUGGCAAGUUCGUAUUGAUUAUAAGAGAUGUGUUGCUGCUGUUCAAAGAGUUAUUAAUGAAGAUGAAGGUGAAACUUUUAUUGAAAUCUUGAAUUUUAGUCAACCUUUAAUUAAACAAGAAUAA